AUGGAGAUUCCCCCGUUACCGAGCUUCGUUGGUGGCGGAGACAUCGCACGUUCCAAGAGCUCUUCCUUGGCUCCGCUGCCGGCACCUCGCUCCACGACGCAAGCCGAGGUAGAUGGCCUUUGCUUGCCAAGCAUCAUCGUCGCGGUGGAGGAGGAAGCAAGUCGGAUGGUCUUCAUUAGCCAUGCCAAGCGCCUUGGUAUGGACGACUGUCGAGAAGCGUUUUACCUGGAUGACCUGUUAUCUGCACUCCGCGAUGCCCAGGCGGCUUGCAGCCACAAGCCUCUGCUGCUGCUGCUGGGGGAGGAUUCCUGGCAAAAGCCGGCCCAGGCCGUGAGAGGCCCGCGGAGGCCCUAUCUGGUAAAGACGUCGUGCACACCUGAGCUUGGCCUCUGCUGUCGCAGACUGCUGCCGUCAGCGGACUUCGGAGACUUUGAGGCUGUGGUGGCGGAGUGUGUGGUAGACUUCGAAGAGGCAUGUGCCAGCGGCGCGUGGCUGCAGCAAGCAGAAGCACAGCUCUGA